AUGAAAAAAUUUUUAUUAAUAGCAAUAUUAUAUGUAGUAACUGCUUUAGCUACUGUUUCGAACAAAGAAGCUUUUGAUUGCAUACAAUCAUUAAAACUACCUACAGAACUUGAAUUCCCUUUUUCUUACGGAGUUGCUUGUAACAAAUUUCACAAUGGUUUAGUCAACUAAGAUACUUUAGAUUAACCUGCUUCUGAUGAAAAUUGGUAAGCAUGCAAAAAAGGUUUGAUUGAUCACUUUACUGAUGAUGAAGCGAAAUAAUUUUUCGCAUAAGUAGAUAAUUGCUUAAACAAUGGUAAACCUUCAGUAUUGUAUUUUAUUGAAUAAUAAUUGAUGAAAAGAAAAUGA